AUGACUGAAAACCAAGUUGAAUUUGAAUUUCUGUGGUUACCUUACCCGGAUGACAUUCCAGAUGUGAGAGAUCAUCUAGAUUUGCCUGUAGAGGAAAUUUUGAAAGAUUGUGGCCCGUUGUUAUAUCCUCCUUUGUUGUAUUCUGUUUAUCAAAAUACUGAGGACGAUGAGGACAUUGUUAAAAACUACAUAUCUUACCAAGAACUUAAUUCACAAACCAGUUGGUUGAGAACUGUUGAUCUUUUCAAGCGCAGUCCCGAAAGCCUCAGAAGGGAGUUUAGCAUGAACAGUGUGCUCAAGUUGGAAUUUGCGUCUGAUAAUUAUGAUCAGGUGUGCCAAGCUUUCUUUGUUUCCUUCUUCAAAGUGCCUUUGUUGGCGGGUCUGAAAAUAGGAGAAAGAAGUUACAAAUAUGUGGGAAGCUCCACCAGUCAGUUGAAGGCUCACGGCUUAUGGUUCUAUGCGAAAGAUAAGGCUGGCAUGACGGCUUUGGAGCUGAAAGCAAAACUAGGUGACAUUAAUCAAAUUCACGAGGUUGCAAAAUACAUGGCUCGAAAGGGUCAAACAUUUUCACAGGCCAUGGGAAAUAUCCGAGUCCCCCAAGAGUACACUAAUGUCAGUUUUCCCGAGGAAGAUGUCAAAGGAGGAAUCAAAAAAUAUCUCUCUCUGGAAGACAACUACAAGCGCAAAAAGUAUUUGACUGAACUUUUUGUUUUUGAUGCUGCUGAAGCAGAAACUCCUGAACCUUAUGUUUUCUCUGAUGGCAUUGGUAGGCUUUCCCCUGAAAUAGCUAAAGAGGUUUAUAAAGCAUUAGAUGUGGAAGAUGUGCAACCUUCUGCAAUGCAAAUUCGAUAUGCAGGUUGCAAAGGCAUGCUUGUCGUAGAUCCAAGAAUGACUGGCAAGAAAAUUGUUUUUCGUGAAAGCAUGAAAAAGUUUCCGUCAGAUGAUGAUUCCUUGGAGAUUCUGAAGUUUAGUGAAAAGCGUUGUGCAUUUUUGAACCGGCCUUUUAUCACCAUUCUUGAACAACUGGGUGUCCCAAAAGAAAAUUUUGUUGUGCUUCAAAAGAAAAUGCUUCAGCAUCUAGUCCAGAGCAUGUAUUAUAAUGAAGACGCUUGUGAGUUACUGAAUCGAAACUCCCUUGCUCGCUUUAAUUUUUUGAACAUGUUUAAUGCUGGAGUACGUUUCAUAGAAGACCCCAUGUUUAAGAAUAUGAUUUACUCCCUGAUACAAAGCCAGUUGGUAUUGCUAAAGGAUAAAGCAAACAUCGAAUUACCAGUAAAUGAAGCUCGUUCCAUGUUUGGUGUACUGGAUGAAACUUUCACUUUGGAAUAUGGUCAAAUCUUUGUACAAUAUACGGACUGGGACUCAAAUGAAAAGAAGAUUCUACAGGGAACUGUUGUUGUUACAAAAAACCCCUGCAUGCAUCCAGGUGAUGUUCGAAAAUUUGAAGCUAUUGAUGUGGAAAACUUACAUCACAUUUAUGAUUGUAUUGUUUUUCCGGCUAAAGGACCUCGACCACAUCCAGAUGAAAUGGCAGGAUCUGAUUUGGAUGGCGAUGAAUAUCACGUGAUUUGGAUGAAGGAUUUGAUUUUUUCAAAUGAAAAUAAAGACGCCAUGCACUUUGCAAUAAAGAAAGGAGAAAAAGAAGAUAGAGGGCGACCAAUCACGGCUUCUGAUGAAAUGGAUCAUUUAUGCGACUAUAUCUUGAACGACAAUGUUGGACUCAUUGGAAGUGCUCAUCUUGCGUAUGCUGACAGUGAGAAAGAAGGAAUAUUCAGUGAUGUUUGCCUGCGUCUUGCAAAAAAUUAUGCAAUUGCAUUGGAUUUUGCUAAAUCUGGGGAAAAUGUUCACCACAGAGAUAUUGUUUACAAGUAUCCAGACUUUAUGCAAAAGAUUGGCGAAAAAUCUCAAACUUAUUUGUCGACUAAAGCUUUGGGUGUUCUGUAUCGAAAUUGCAGGCAUUUGCAAAUCGGCCUGCUGACAGAAAAUUUUUGA